UCCAACGUCCUCGGCACGCUCUGCACCUUCCUCCUCCCGCCCUCCAUAAUCGCCACCCUCCUCCUCUACCUCUACGCGCCCCUGCUCAACUGCGGCUUCAACCACGCCAAACCCGCCGAAGCAGGAUGCAUGAUCCCCGGCCAGGAGCGGCCGGCCGUCAAAGCACAGAUCGCGCCCUUCCGCCUCCUUACCUUUGCUGAUCCGCAAUUGGAGGGCGACUCCAGCCUCCCGGAUGCCGGCGGGGACUCUUUCUUCCCUAGUCUGGAGAACUUCUGGACGGAUGUGAGGGAGAGGGGGAUUGCUGCUGUUCCUGGAGGAGUGGUGACGGCCGCGACGGGUCUGCUUACGCACGAUCUGCUGUAUAUCCUGCAGUGGUAUCGGAAGAGAUUGGAUCUGUGGGGCAACGAUCUGUACUUGCGCCAUGUCUAUCGCUCCGUGACGUACUGGUCGGAUCCGACGCAUAUGGUCAUUCUUGGCGACUUACUGGGCAGCCAGCAUAUCAGCGAUGCGGAGUUUCAACGGCGGAGUCGGCGGUUUUGGACAGGGGUGUUCAAGGGGAGUAAGAGGGUGCCGCGCACGAUCACGGACGUGAGUGGCAGGGCGGAAACGCUGGGGAAAGAUGCGGAUUGGAAGAACAGGAUCAUCGCCGUAGCGGGCAAUCACGAUAUUGGAUACGCAGGCGACAUCACCGAGCAUCGCGUGCAGCGUUUUGAAGAAACGUAUGGCGCUGUGAAUUGGGACAUCCGCUUCCGCCUCGACAAUGGCACCGCCUCCGACUCCCCCAAAAAGAGCCUCUUCAGUGCCUUCCAAUUUGGCCCAGCUCCACCCGAACUCCACGUUGUCGUCCUCAACAGCAUGAACCUCGACUCUCCGGCCAAAGAUCUGGACCUGCAGUCGCAAAGCCGCGACUUCGCCAGCGAACAACUGCACGGCUCGGGCGCCACGCGUCCCAAAAACUCCGCUACUCUUCUCCUAACGCACAUCCCACUCUACAAGCCCGCCGGCCUCUGCACCGACGCCGAGUACUUCGACUGGCUGCCAGCCGACGAAGGCGGCGGCCUGAAAGAGCAAAACCUCCUCUCCCUCUCCACCAGCAUGCACAUUCUCGACGGGCUGGCGAAGAGCGGAAAAGCGCUCGUGCUCAACGGCCACGACCACGCCGGUUGCGACACCUUCCAUUACAAAUACCGCCAACCAGCGAGCGAGAGCGAAGCCGAGUGGACCGUAGACAACUACCCGCCCUUCAAUUACCCUCCCUACCGCCCUCCGCCGGAGUACUACCUCAACCCGAACCGGGAGCCUCCGCCCGAGCCCCCGCAUCCCGACACCCUCCUCGCGAUCCGCGAGAUUACGGUGCGCAGCAUGAUGGGCUCGUACUGGGGGAAUGCAGGCUUUGUGAGCGGCUGGUUUGACUAUGAAGAGGAGCAGUGGAAGUUUGAUUACAAUACUUGCUUCCUGGGCGUGCAGCAUAUUUGGUGGGGCAUUCAUGUGCUGGAUUUGGUGACGCUCGGGCUGGGGGUU